AAGAGUUAACACCACUUGAACAACAUUGUGAAUUAAAAACUUAUGAAAAUGAACAAACACGUUACAAUGCUCUUAUACAAAGAGUAAGAAGAAGACAAAAUAUUGCAACUCUAGCAAAGACAGUAAAUGGUGGAAAUACACUUACUUAUUUCCCUUUUCGAUAUUAUUUUAGUAAAAUAUUAUUUCAAGAUAUUAGAUUUAAUACUGGAACAUUAAAUAAAUAUAUGUUGGAUUAUUAUCAUAUUAUGAGAGUAAAUAUCUUUGGAAGUAAAAACUCUGUAAUUGAUCAUACUAAUACAGAUACUGGAUUAAAUAAAUACACAUUUCCACUUGCAACAUCUCAAGGAGGAAAAGAUACUAAUGACAAAUUUACAAUUAAUCCAAUAAAAAAAGAUUUUCAUAUUAGAGAAAUAGUCGUUCAAAUAGACUUUACAUCAUGUCAACUUCCAAUAAGUCAAGUAAUUGAACAAAAUAAUUCAACACUUCCAGCAAAUAUUGUUUUUGAAGAUCUUAAUAAUUUGGUUAAUAGCCCAAUAAAUAAAACUUUUAAAGUUGUAUAUGAUAAAAUAGAAACAAUUACAUGUGAGGAAUGUGAUUAUGAACAAAUCCUCUGUUUUACAUUGAAAAUAGAAAAACAAUAUAUAAAUGAUAUAAAUGAAAGUUUACGUAUUGUGAAAUAUAUGAAUAAUGCAGAUGAAAAAUCUUAUUACAAUAUUGGUUCACAAUUUGCACCAUCACAAAGAGAUGGAUUUUUACGAGAACUAGCAGGAACAGUUUUAGAAUCCAACGAAACUUUUAGAUGGAUUGAUCUUAACACAAAUAAUGCACAAGCAAUUCAGAGAUUAGAAGAAGCGAAUGAUGAGAAAUAUGAUAAAAGUACUACAAAAACUAUAUCAACUACAACAACUAAACUAUUACCCUCUAAAACUACUUCUUCAACUACACCAUCGCUAUCAAAAACAUCAUCCCCCCCAAAAACUACUAUUAUUCCAACUCCUAACCCUACAAACACUCCACCAAUUGAUAAUUUAGUUAGCUAUCCUAUUUGUAAAUUAGAAUUAAAAGAAUCUAAGAUUAAAACUCAUUUAAAAGACUAUAUAAAAAAUCCUUUAGCAAAAGAUUUUAUUUGUGAUAAAUUAAAAAUGAAAAAACAAGCAACAGGAUUCGAUAAAAUGAAAGAAAUAAUAUAUAAACUUACUGAUAUACAAGUGAAAAAAAUAAUUGAAGAAAUUCAAAAACUUAUAGAAAAAUAUGGUGAACAAUUUAUCGACUAUAUUCCUGAUGAAAUGAAAGAAAAGAUUCUAUAUAACUUUGAUAAAAUUAUGAUUGAAUUAUCUAAUCUUAAAGAUCAAAUUAAUGACAAUACAUUACUUAAUUCAGAAUUAACUACUGAGAACAUUAGUCUUAGAAAUGAAAUUAAAAAUUUAACACCCCAGUUAGAAGUUUAUCAAAAUAGUGAAAAGAGUAUUAUAUUAUUGGAACUGGAAAAAAAAAAUUUAUUAUUAGAAAACAAACAACUUCUAAUCACAAUAGAAGAUUUAAAAAAUAAUAAUCAAACUUCUUCAGAUAUAACAAGUAAUGAUAAAAAAAUUUUAGAAGAAAUCAAAAAAAUAACAAAAAAUAUUAACUCAUUUGAUGAAUUUAAAAUUGAAUUUGAAAAAUAUCUUUCAAAAAAACAUACUGAUAAAUUACUUAUUUAG